GUUUAAUUGGUUAUUCCCAAAUUGGUGUUGUAUAUUUCAUUCAUUGUGCAUUGUGAGAAAUUUACAAGCUUUGUUUAAGUUGAUUCAAUUCGAUUUGAGUCCUGUUGAGAAUUGUAUGUAUGAGUUUAUCUUAUCAUAUGAUUACAACAAUAUUUUACUUAUUUUAAGCUGCAAUAGACAUUUUCAUAUAUUAUUUAAAUAGCGAUGAUUCUAUCAGAUUUUAACUUGAGAAGUUAGGGUAUUGUUCUGUGAAAUUAUAUACCUUCAAAUGGCUUCAUAAUGUGUAGGAACCAAUUUUCAAGCCGUGGCUUUUGGACAUGUCAAAGGUCACUGCUUGAAGAGUUCAAGUCUGAAGUUGAACCAAUGGAAAUUACACCUGCUAGAAAGACACAGAAGGCUGAUCGAGAAAAGUUAAGGAGGGAUAGACUCAAUGAACAGUUUUUAGAGCUGGGUAACAUUUUAGACCCUGAUAGGCCUAAAAAUGAUAAAGCAACUAUUCUAGGAGAUACAGUUCAAUUGCUGAAGGACCUUUCUUCUCAAGUUAGUAAACUAAAAGAUGAAUAUACUAUGCUAAAUGAAGAAUCUCGUGAGUUGUCUCAGGAGAAAAAUGAUCUCAGAGAAGAAAAGGCUUCUCUUAAAUCAGAUAUUGAGAAUUUGAAUAACCAGUAUCAGCUGCAACUAAGGACUAUGUAUCCAUGGCCUGCAAUGGAUCAUUCUGUUAUGAUGGCUCCACCAUCAUAUCCGUAUCCAGUUCCAAUGCCAGUACCUGCUGGUUCAAUUCCCAUGCAGCCAUACCCCUACUAUGCUAAUCAACAUCCUGCAGUCAUCCCUAACCCUUGUUCAACAUACGUUCCCUUUUUAGCCCCGAAUACAAUUGUUGAACAACAAUCCACUCAGUACGUAUCCCCGCCUCUUCAUCCAGGUAGCCGGUCCCACGUAUCAGGAAAACAAGACUCCAAAAACAAAUCAUCCAGGGAGAGUAAGGCUCAAAGAAAUGAGGAUUCUAAUGAUGUAGCCACGGACCUUGAGUUGAAGACUCCUGGGUCGUCCGCAGAUCAGGAUUUAACAUCCGCACAGAAAAAAUCUAGUAAGUCGUCAAGGAAGGAAACCAGUUUCACAGAAGGUAGUUCGUUAGGCAAGUGUUCUUCAUCUCACAGUGUUCAGGAUAGCUCAUCAAGUAGUGUAGUGGGGAGCAGAAAGGCUAGUGAAUGAGAAAGGACUUAAUUUUAGACAAAUGAUUAUGCCUUUUGAAGCUACUGUGAGGGUUUUCAUUGGGCUUCUGCUGCAACUAUUGUAGAGGUAUAUGUCCCUUCUAUUCUCGUCCAAAAAAGAAAGCUGCUUCUGUUCUCUCUUCUUUACUAGGAAUUUUUAUUCUGAGUAAUGUGUAAUUUAAUCAUAAACUUUUCUUUGUGAGUUGUGAGGGAAAAGCUGCGUGAGGUUCAAUUGUUUAUAUUCCUAUUCCUUGUGACAAAUUGAAAUUGCAGAUGGAAAAUCUUCAAGUUGAGACCAGUGUGGCUAAUUGUAGGUUUGUAAAUCCCUUAAUCACAAACUCUCCUAAAAGGACCAUACUCAUUUUAUCUAGUCUAUGGUUGGAUUAUAGUUGAAAAUGUUAAACGUAUAUUUGGACUCGGUAUCUGUGUAGAGUUCUUUGGAGUCGAAUGCAAACAGAAUUUUACAA